AUGUUUUUACAGCUCACUGCAUCUGCGGAUAAGUUUGCACGAAUGAAUGUUGGCGAGGAUGCUACAAAUGGAAUGUUAUGGGAACUUGUACACGUCUUGCUGAAAACUCAGUCGGAUCCAAUAUGUGCAUCGCUGCCGGAUUCAGUCCACUUUGGCCGAUCUCUGAAUGCGCUUGUAAUUCGCUUAUGCAUUCGCGUAGAACGUACAACGUUCUUCGCAGCUUGUACACGGUGUCUUAUGACUAGUCUGCUAGAAGCUGAUGAGGAAGCUGCUCCACUUUUUACAAAAUGCCUUUACAAAUGGGCGGACACUAUGUCGAAACACAAAACUGUUAUUGACAAUGACCUCUACAUCAGAUCUGCCAAUCGUUUCUAUGAACAGAUUCAUCCUAAAAUUGAAUCAAAUAAUAUGUAUCGAGAUGGAAUUCGGACUGUGGAAAUGUGCACGGAGCAAGCAAUGAUUGUCAUGGGACCAUCGCUUCUGGAGCGGCUCAAGCGUUUUCCACGACCAAAUGUCAACUUCCUACAACAUAUGCAAGUAUGCUUUGCUGAGUGUCAAAAAAUCAAUCCUGCUGGAUGGGGUGUCUCUUUACCAGGAGCGGUAGUUGAGCCAGCUGUUCUACCAAAGUCGAAUCCUUCCAGUGGUUCUGGUCGAUCCGAGUUACAGAUUUUAGUAGAUAAUGUUGUACGAGACUUACCCUCUUUUGAUAAACACACGUCACUUCUUGUUUCGUACAUGGACAAGCAUCCGCAGGAAACUGGGAAAAUGGAAGAAUACUUGAGGACUGUACCCCUAGCCCCGUUAGUCCGUGAGCUCAUGGAGAAAUAUCGUACAGGACGGCUAAAAACUGUUGGAAAUGUUACAGAACAGCACUGUCUGUACCUGGAUGUCGCUCAGUCGAGGGGUUUGUUUUGCAGUGGAACAAAUGUUGAACUGAUAGAUUGCAUUCAAUUGGCAAGCAUGCACCAUUGCCUUUCAUAA